AUGUCGACUGGAGUUGACGGUCAACAGCCACCCCCAAAACUUAACGACGUCAAUUCCGUCGCCCGUCACCGUUCAUUCUCCCGGAGUAACGAUUCCACAGCUCGGCAAACGGAGCACAAUCAAGUGGUAGACAAGCAGUACCCCAAUAUGGUUUCCCAAAGUCAAAAAUCGCGAUGGUUGAAGACUGGCGCUAUCGUCGGCUUCAUCUUCAUGGUCCUUCUGUGGCUUUCUCCGUCCAAAACAACAGUUUCUAGCUUCACCAAAGAACCAACUCCCUCAAAUUCUGGCGUAUCAACAAAGUGCACUAAGCCAUUCGAUUCGUCCAAGCCCCUCAUCCAGUAUGCACUCAUGAUUGAUGCCGGCAGCACCGGCUCUCGGAUCCAUGUCUAUCGAUUCAAUAACUGUGGUUCGACUCCGGAACUCGAGAACGAGGUCUUUGAGCAGACCAAGAAGAAGGAGGGCAGUGGCUCUGGUCUCAGCUCCUACAAGGGAGAUGCCGAGGGUGCCGCCCGCAGUCUGGAUCCCCUUCUUGAGGUCGCCUUGCAGAAUGUACCUGAGUCUUACCGGUCUUGCACCCCCAUUGCGGUCAAGGCCACCGCUGGAUUGCGUCUUUUGGGUCCAGAGAUGAGCAAGGACAUUCUGGAAGCAGUUAGAACUCGUCUGGAAACUGUCUACCCUUUCCCUGUGGUGUCCCGCGAGAAGGGAGGUGUGGAGAUCAUGGAUGGCUCUGACGAAGGCGUCUAUGCCUGGAUUACCACCAAUUAUCUUCUGGGCAAGAUUGGUGGCCCUGACGAGACACCGACUGCAGCUAUUUUCGACUUGGGUGGUGGUUCUACUCAGAUCGUGUUCGAGCCUACCUUUGAGAAGAGCAAGGCCGGCGGUAUGCCCGAACACCUGGCGGAGGGUGACCACAAGUACGAAUUGAAGUUUGGCGGCCGGGAAUUUGAUCUCUACCAACACUCUCACCUUGGUUAUGGCCUGAUGUCGGCUCGCGAGGCCAUGAAUCGCGUCGUUCUGGAGGCUAUGCUAGCCAAUAAUGACAAGGAUCUCUCGUGGCUGAAGCGCCCUAUCUCCAACCCUUGCAUUCAGCCCGACAUGGAGAAGGAGGUCAAGGUGACCUUUCCCAAUGAUCACCCUCUCGGCCCUGAAGUUACCGUCACUAUGGCUGGUCCCAAGGACGCCUCCUCUGCUCCUCAGUGUCGCGCAAUUGCCGAGAAGAUUUUGAAGAAGGACGGCGAGUGUAAGCUGGCUCCUUGCUCUUUCAAUGGCGUGCACCAGCCCUCCCUUGAGAAGACUUUCUCACGUGAGGAGGUAUAUAUUUUCUCGUACUUUUACGACCGCACUGCACCUCUGGGCAUGCCCUCCUCGUUUACUAUCGAUGAACUGCACAAGCUUACCGCCACUGUGUGUGCUGGCGAGGACAGCUGGGGUAUUUUCGAAGGGGUUCAGGACGCUCUGGAAGAGCUUCGCGAUCGCCCCGAUUGGUGUAUGGAUCUUAACUUCAUGAUGGGUCUUUUGCACACUGGGUAUGAGAUGCCUCUGUCUCGCGAGGUCAAAAUCGCCAAGAAGAUUAAGGACAAUGAGCUGGGCUGGUGUCUUGGUGCCAGCUUACCUCUUCUCAGCCAGGAGUCCGGCUGGACUUGCCGCAUCAAAGAAGUCCCAUAA